AUGCCUACCAAUACGCCAUACCAUUCCUUUGCUCUCCCGUACCCAAUACGUGUGGAUAACUUCACCGACACCCUAAAUGGCUUACCCUUGCCGUACAAUAGGCCAGCCCUGCAUUUAUUAACUCAUACACACUCAGACCAUCUUAUUGGUCUGGCCUCGAAGUCAUUCGGUUAUCAGAUCAUUUGUUCCUCAGAUGCAAAAGAAAUGCUCCUGCGCCACGAAGUAUAUGCGGAGCGCUCACUCUUCGAUCACGAAUAUCGCGCACAGAAAACCAAGACAUAUAGUCACUUGAAGGUCGACCCCUGUGUGAUGCCAAGUGGUGAAAAGUUCUACGCAGGGUCCAGGGACCUCCUCCGCGCAGUGCCUCUGCAUACUCCCACUGAAUUUGAACUAUAUGAUAAUGAAACUGUUACUAUCACGUUAAUUGACGCCAACCAUUGCCCCGGCGCGGUAAUGUUCCUCAUAGAAGGCCAUCGCGGGUCAGUCUUGCAUACAGGCGAUGUGCGGGCGGAGCCCUGGUUUCUUUCCUCUCUUACGCGGAACCCUUUUCUUCAACGGUACCUCGCGGACUCGGCAGAGAACCUCAGUGUCCUCGUGGCUCGUAACGAGGUAAUACACAUGGAAGCAACGGGACUCGUAAAGACCCUCGAAGCUGUGUACCUUGACACAGCCAGCCUACUCUCAAUGACCAUAGUACCAAGCAAGGCGAGUCGUGAGUAUGCGGUGCAAGGCCUCGUAGAACUCAUCGCUCUGUUCCCUUCGACUACCUUUUUCUUCAUAAAUUCUUGGACUUGGGGUUAUGAGGACAUCUUAAAAGGCAUCGCGCUUGCCUUUCACUGUAAGAUUCAUUUCGACCGUUAUAAGUAUGCCAUUUAUAUGAAUACCUCCGACCCCCUGAUGCGUGCUCUUGGCACUCGCGAUCCUUCAUCUACCCGAUUCCAUGCGUGCGAGCGUUUUGAUCGUUGUUCUUUCGUUGAUGUUCCCCCUCACGAAUGCGGCGGAGAGGGAUUUAAUCACCCCCUCAGUGCGGAGGGGAAGAAUGUUGUUUAUAUUAACCCUGUGACUAUGGGAAGUGUGCAGUGGGACAAUUACAAGGCUGAAGUGAAGCGACAUCUCUUGCGAGGUAAAAAUGUGGAUUCACUGCUUGUACCUCUCAGUCGCCACUCUCCAUUGCCGGAACUGAUGAAUUUCGUCUCUCUCUUCCGCCCGCAUCGUGUGAUACCUAACACUUUGCAUCCCCCUUUCAAUGGACUCGACUGGGGUGCUAUGAGUGCAAUGUUUGAGAGUUGCGUCUCUCCACUGCCAGCCCCUCAACCUACAAUCUUCUCGUUGACAUUGAAUUCAGGACCUCCUUUCAUAAAUCCGGCACUUGGGAAUGAUGAGAUAGAUGUUACUAUCCAGAAUCUUGUUGGACCUUCAUCCGCAGCAGAAAGGUGGGCAGACAUGGGGAGUAAGCAGUCAAAGCUAGAAGUGAUAAAGACGUGGUUUCCCAGGGGGGAAAAGAGCAAAGUA